CAUUGGUUCUGUUCAGAGAAAAGUAUUAACAGUCAUUAACACUGAGAGGUGAAAUGGCGCAGCGAGGAAAUCAGAUCAACCAAGAAAUAAUCUGCUGUACGAUCUGUCUGGAUCUACUGAAGCACCCGGUGACUAUUCCCUGUGGACACAGCUACUGUAUGGACUGUAUUCUAAGCUUCUGGCAUGGAAAGGUAAUCUACAGCUGCCCUGUGUGUAGAAAGAGCUUCACACUGAGGCCUGUCCUGCUGAAAAACACCAUGUUAGCAGCUUUAGUGGAGGAGCUGAAGAAGACUAGACUUGGCAAAGCUCCUGCUGAUCACUGCUAUGCUGGAGCUGAAGAUGUCUGCACUGGGAGAAAACUGAGAGCCUGGCUCUGCAGAGAGGAAGCAGCAGACCUUCUUUAUCCUGCACACCUUGUUCUCUCUGUGAUCAUUUGUAAAGACGCCUAUAACGUCGCAAACUGA